GAAAGGGGGAGGGGAUUGGGAGGAAGGGAAGAAACAAACAACCAUUCGUCGUCGUCGUCGUCGUCGUCUUCCUCGUUGACUGCUUUCCAUUUAUUUCACACAUACUGAUCUCCGACUGUGUAUGUAUAUGCCACACACGUGUGGAGAUCUUCCUUCAAUAGUGUUCUCUUCUCCAGGGAGGGACGCCUCGAGGCUCGAUCAAGUCAUGAAGAGAAGCUGCUUGAGCCCUAAUCUCAACCUCUCUAUCCCUCCUUCCGAGCAAUCCAUCUCUAAAUUCCUAACUCAGAGCGGGACGUUCAAGGACGGCGACCUGCGAGUGAACAAGGAUGGAAUCCAACUCGUCUCUCAGUCCGAGCCCGGGGCUCCACCUCCAAUCAAGCCAUUGGAUGACCAAUUGAGCUUAGCUGAUCUUGAGGUGAUUAAAGUCAUCGGAAAGGGAAUCAGCGGAAAUGUCCAGUUAGUGAAACACAAACUGACCUGUCAGUUUUUCGCUCUUAAGGUCAUUCGGCUUAACAUCGAAGAAUCAACAUGUCGGGCUAUUUCUCAGGAGCUGAGGAUAAACCUGUCGUCACAAUGUCCAUAUCUGGUUUCAUGCUAUCAGUCUUUCUGUCAUAAUGGAUCUGUUUCAAUCAUUCUAGAGUUCAUGGACGGUGGAUCCCUUUUUGAUCUUCUAAAAAAGGUUGAGAGAAUCCCCGAGAACAUCCUCGGUGCCAUCUGUAAGCAAGUGCUCCAAGGUCUGACUUAUCUUCACCACGAGAGGCGGAUAAUUCACCGUGACCUGAAACCGUCCAAUCUGUUGAUCAAUCACAGAGGUGAAGUCAAGAUCACAGAUUUCGGGGUCAGUAAGAUCUUGACGAACACGACCAGCCUAGCAAACUCGGUCGUGGGAACGUACCAUUAUAUGUCUCCGGAGAGAAUCAAUGGAUAUCCUUACGGGAACAAGAGUGAUAUUUGGAGCUUAGGCUUGUUAUUGCUCGAAUGCGCAACUGGUAAAUUCCCUUACUCUCCUCCAGAGCAUGGGGAGAGAUGGACGAGCGUGUAUGAAGUGAUGAACGCCAUUGUUGAGAACCCACCUCCUUCUGCUCCGUCCGACCAGUUCUCGACCGAGUUUUGCUCGUUCGUCUCUGAGUGCAUAAAGAAGAACCCAGAAGACAGAAAAUCAGCAAAGGAGCUUUUGGAACAUGGGUUCGUGAAAAGGUACGAUGAGUCAAGCGUGGAUCUCUCGUCUUAUUUCUCCAACGCAGGUUCCUUGACUCCCACGCUACCUAACCGAGAUCGAAUGUGAAGAAACUCUUAAAUUAUGAAUUAUUUAUUUCUUAUAAAGUAUAUAUAUAUAUAUAUAUGCUUUGUUUGAUUCCCUCUCUGUCUCCAAAUCGAAUAAUGUAGUGAUUGAUAAUGAACAGGUGGUUUGGUUUCACAACAUUGAACAAAAUAGUAGUCAAAUUACAAUUUCGCCCCGAGGAAAAAUAUAAAAGGGCUUGUUUUGAUUGUGAA